UGUGAUUUAUUUCUCUCAUUAAGUGAAUUCAGAAAUGCAUAACAAUUAAACAUUGUUUAUCUGACAUUCAAUUUUAGGUUCAUUAAAGCCAUAACUCAUUUACCAGAGAAGAGUUGAUCUGAAAAAAGGGCGAAAAACACAUCACAAGAAUCGAGAUCUAUAUAUGAAAAGAAGAAGAAAUGCUCGGAAGUGAGAAUACUCAGGAGACGAAUGACGGCAAACGACCCAAACAUUUAGAUAGCGUUCACGAAUGCGAUGAACUCUCAAAUCCGGACACAUCGGCCCCCAAACAGGAGUCCUGUCCCGGAUUUUUUGGCGUCAAAUCAUAUUUGCAUCACUUCUACGAACAGGUUUCGGUCAAAAAUCCACAACUCUAUGAAGAAUAUGAAGAAUACAAGUAUUUGAUUGCACCAAAAGAAAAAAGACGAGCCUUAUUCUUCUGGCGAUCCAUUUUCUGGAUAGGAUUCAUACUACUAGUGUUGGGAGCGUUAGUAUUAAUAGCCGGUUAUGUAAUGCCGCGAAUGAAUAUAGACGUGGGCUAUCAGGAGGAGAUGCGGAUCAUCGAUCGGGCGGCCUAUAUGUUCAACCAGAACCUCGAGUGGUGUAAAAUCGUAGGACUGGCCGUGUUUUGUGUCGGCGGUGUAUUGCUUUCGGGGUCGUUACUACUGCCCGGACUCGUAGGCCUUUCCUGUUUGGACGACACGGACGACGACGAGUCCACACCAUUUAAGCUCCGCAUCGCCGACACUGAAGACUACUAUUGCGAUGAUUUGUGCGGAGACGAGAAGAAGGAUCGGAUACCGGCCACAGAAGAGCUGAAGAGUGUUCAACCGAAACGCGAAGACAAAAUUAUUAUCACUAAUUCUGGCCUUAAAAAGGUUGACAUGGAUUGAGAUGUUAUGUGAAAAUAUAUAAUAAUAAUAACUUAUAAAACAGAUAUAUUGAUAUAAUAUUUGACACAAAACGUAUGGUUAUUAUUAAUCUUAAUACUUUGGUCUCAUUUUAAUUUAAUUAAUUCAAUUUAAUUAUUUCAUGUUUUCGACAAAAAUAUCAUACAAUCAAUCAUUUAUAUAAGAAGUGAGGCUUUAAUUUCACACGCAUUUAGUAUAUUACAUAAAAUAUGAUGUUUUUUAAUAACGCC